AAUUUUUUUUUUUUUUUUCUUUCUCUAAAAAAUUCGAACAAAGAGCUGAAGAAGAUAGGAGAACCAUAGAUACAAAUUCUGAGAUCUCAAGAUCCUAGCUUUCCAUCGCAUUUCCUCUUUCUCCUACGCAUCCGAACACAAUCGUAGACACUGGUUCGGGAGAUGCGAAACGGAGGGGAUCGCCUCGGUCUGAGAUGAGGCGGCGGGCCUUCGAUUUUCGCAGACCAGCUAGGAGGAGAUGGGUCUUGGAAUGUCGGGUGCUUAUGGUGCCCUGCCUUUUAGGGCUGCUGGUGCUACUCCUAUUGAUCACUAGCCGCGACAGGGAUCUGCGAUCCGUGCCUCUUGCUGCGAAGACAUAUCUAAACUCUGCCAUUAGCAUCCCUCAAGGUCUGAAUAUUACUGAUGAAAUGCUGAAUGCUAACUCAGUCACGAGGCAAUUAGUUGAUCAGAUUUCUCUUGCAAAGGCUUACCUGGUCAUUGCCAAAGAAAGCAACAAUCUUCAGUUUGCUGGGGAUCUAAGGACCCAGAUACAAAACACCCAGGCCCUCCUCUCUACUGCUGCUACCCGGCGAUACCCCUUGAGUACUGAAGAGUCUGAGACUGCAAUUCACAACAUGGCUGUAUUGCUUUACCAAGCACAGCAGCUCCGUUAUGAUACUGCAACUUCGCUUAUGAAGAUGAAAGGCCAGGUCCAGUCUCUUGAAGAUAAAUCUAAGGCAGAAGCUGAAAAAAGUACCAAAUUUGGGCAGAUAGCUGCUGAGGAGCUCCCAAAAGCUUUGUAUUGCUUUGGAAUGCGACUAAUCAUGGAUUGGUUCAAACGGCCAAACCCAGAAAGAAGAAUCUCAUAUGCACCACACUACUUGGAGAAGCUCAGGGACAACAACCUGCAGCACUUCUGUAUCUUUUCAGACAACAUUCUAGCAGUAUCAGUUGUCAUCAACUCGACCACCACAAAUUCUAAGCAUCCUCACCAGCUUGUCUUCCAUCUAGUGACAGAUGAAGUGAACUACAUACCAAUGAGGGCCUGGUUCUCCAUGAACAGCAUGGGAGAAGCUACCAUAGAGAUCCAGAAAGUGGAGGAUUUUAGCUGGCUCAAUGCUUCAUAUGUACCAGUUUUGAAGCAGCUCCAAGAUGCCAACACACAGAAUUUCUACUUUUCUGGCAACAAGGACAACAAAACUCCAAUCAAGUUCAGGAAUCCAAAGUAUUUAUCAAUGCUUAAUCACCUGAGGUUUUACAUACCAGAGCUCUUUCCUGCACUAAAUAAGAUAGUAUUUCUUGAUGAUGAUGUGAUUGUCCAGAAGGAUCUUUCUGAUCUGUUCUCAAUUGACCUGAAUGGAAAUGUAAUGGGAGCUGUUGAGACUUGCAUGGAGACAUUCCACAGGUUCCACAAGUACUUGAACUUCUCACACCCCUUGAUCCGUGACCAUUUCGAUCCCGACGCCUGUGGAUGGGCCUUUGGAAUGAAUGUGAUUGAUCUUACAGAGUGGCGAAGGCGAAAUGUGACCGGCAUCUACCAUUACUGGCAGGAAAGAAAUGCAGAUCACACAUUAUGGAAGCUAGGGACUUUGCCACCGGGAUUGCUUUCAUUUUAUGGCUUGGUUCAGAGAUUGGAUCCGAAGUGGCAUGUUCUAGGUUUAGGGUACACAAACGUCGAUCCAUCGCUGAUUUCUGAGGGUGCCGUUCUGCACUACAAUGGAAACAUGAAGCCAUGGUUAAAGAUUGGAAUGGAAAAGUAUAGGGGGCUGUGGGAUAUAUAUGUAGACUAUUCUCACCCUUUGUUGCAGCAGUGUUUCGUGCAUUGAUAGGGUUCAUUGUUCUUCUGAUGCAGUGAUGGAGCAGAAGCAGCGCAGGUUGAUCAUUUUUUCUUUUUAAUUAUUGAGUAGACUUUUCCUCUAAAAUUUUGCCUUCCCCUUUGUUGGUUCUCCUAAUUGUUUUUAUUGGUGAUGUGGAUGUGUUAUAGCAUUAGAAGCUUAGCUCCAAAAUUUUACAUGUGAAUUUCAGAUUUCUGGCAUAUCUUGGCAUAAUAUAGUAUAAAUGAGGAAACGAGGCUGUUUGAUUAGCU